UAAACCGAGUCUUGACAUUUUCGGCGAGAAUAUAAAUAAAUACUUCCCUUUUAAAAUUACGUGUAUUACUGAGAGUGGUCUAGUAUUUUAAUAAGUGGUAUGAUCAGAUUUCUAACAGAUUUACAUCGGUAAAGAUGGAGAUCCCUUAUAAGAAAAUAUUUAUAUACAUAUUAACCUUCGCUGCCUAUGCAUACACUGGUAUAGGCUCGAGUAUGUUACGGAAUUUAAAAGAUGCAGUAUUGUCCGCUGAAUCAGUUUUCGGAGACUUGUUUCGCAAUACUAUCACGGUCGCUGAAAAGUUCAAAUCAUUGCACGAAAUAUUCGAUGCAGCUGUGGAGGAGGAAUGUAUAUUCUCAUGUCCUGAAGGCCAAAAACCAGUCAGGAAUAGAAAUCAUAUACCAAAGUCUGAUGGCUGUGGUUCCCUUGGGUUUGAAAUUUCGUCAGAAUAUUUGCCGCUGGAGCAGAUGACCAGUUGCUGCAACACACACGACAUCUGCUACGAUACAUGCAACAGUGGCAAAGAAGUGUGUGAUCUAGAAUUCAAGAAAUGUUUAUACAAUUACUGUGAUUCUUACAAAUCUGUAAAUGUUGCUGGUGAAACAAUAACUAAAGGUUGUAAAGCUGCAUCCAAAUUGCUCUUCACGGGCACAUUGACCCUCGGCUGUAAGUCCUAUCUGGAAGCACAGAAAAAUGCUUGCUACUGUCCACCUCCAAAGAACAAGUAUAGAAAAUAUACAACAGGAGAUGGAGACCUUUAGGUUAUGG